AUGGAAACCAUAGCCGCCUUACAACACAUAAAAUCUGUCAUCAAACCUGAUCUGGCUUUCAUCCACUUUUAUUGCCUGAAAGGAAUAACAACUUACUGGUCAGAAACAAUUUUUAUUUUAUUCAUAAUGGUAUAAGUUAACGAUAAUUAUAAAAAGAAGAAAGAAAGGCUAUCAAAUACUAUUUCCUUGUCUCCGAUUUUUGAUAACUGAUUUGAAAGACUUAUUCGAUAUUAAAAAUUCGCAGGAAAAUCGAUCUAAAUAUUAAACUGCAUAGUCUACGAGAACGCCGUUUUUGGACGCAAUUGAGCUACUUGCAUUGCUCCGGGGUAUGAGCUCUGGGUGACGUAGUGAUUAUAUUAUUUGAGCUAUUUUCCACAAAUGACAGAAAAAAGACGAAAGGAUACACGAGUCAAAUGAACGAAGCGCAAGACCCACCUAGCCUAACGUGUUCCAAGCUCCAAGAUAGUCAAGUGCGGAGAUCGUGAAAAUUGAUACAAAAAACGCGCGGGGGCUGGGGAGAGAGAAGGUUGCCGCCCCCUUUCCCAGAUUACGCGCGUCCUAUUUUCCUUAACCUUAUUUUCGCCACACUCCUACUAUCUGAGAGCCUGGCACAGCCUAGAUCUACCAUGAAACACUGUCUCAUUCCCUAGGAAUAUACUAUAUGUACUCGAUUACACACCGCCUCCGAUUAAACGCCCUAGAUGGAACACCGCACACAAUACAAUAAUAGAGAAGAAGAAAUGAUGACGUCACAAAAACUGAAUUGGUGAAAUUUUGGCAGUGGUUGGUAUAUCCAGAUAGAAGAAGAUGAUUUCCCUUGGCUAAAAAAAAAAAACAGUCAAAUGAUGAAAAUUGGUGACGAGAUAUAAGCACUACCAUGCUCCCAAGACUCCAUACAAAGUUUUCUGGAAAAGGCCUGGACCGUAAACGUUACGAUCCAAGCCAAUUGUAGGGGGAUUUGUAUGAAGUCAUCAGAACAUAACAGUGCCCUUAGCUCCUCACCAAUUUGCACCAACUGACUCAUUGUUAACAAGGGGAUAUUUUUCAUCGUAUCCUUUUUUCUGGAUGUGCAAAGCAAUCAAUCCCUUAAUUUCACAAAUUUGAAUUUGCAUGACGCCACACUUCACCUGUUUAAUGUAGGCGGGUAAGCUCAAGGAUUAUAAGAAAAAGCUCGGUAAAACAAAUAUGUUCAUGCACUCCCGUAUUACCUCGAAAACCAUACCCGAUAUAGGCAAAAUCUAUGCCCGUUUUCAGACCAAAACGACGCACAAACUUAACCAUACCCUUUAGGGCGGCACAUACCUAUAAGGCAAAUAUAAAGUAGGGAGUACCCCAUCCCUCCCGCUCCCCCGGGAGUCAUCUUGGUGAAGGCGAGACAAUCAGCGAGUGCUGUUGGGUGGGGCAAAGGAUCAAUUCUUUUCUCAUAUAAACGCUCGCUAAAGUUGACUGGGAGGGGGAAGGCAUAAACGGGGCCUCGGUAAGGUAGUCGAGUAUUGUUAUUGAUUCCUUGUUCUUCUUGUCAAAGGGCUCUCUUCGAAGCCUUGAAUAUUCCUCUGGUGGGCGGAUCAGCAGAAUCGAGAUACCUUAGCAUGGACAAACUAAAGACACGGAGUGUUUUGCAAGCCUACGGCGAUGUCUCUUGUGCUGAGGGAGUAGUUCUUAAAAAAGGUACUUUACUGCAGUGCUCUGCUUUUGGUGCAGCGCUAAUGUAGAGGCCAUUAGUUCGAAUCCCGUUGAAGUCCCGAAAGUUUUUUUUUAGAUUUAAUUUGCAAUUUCGCGUUUGCUUAAAUUGCAAUCACCACUGUGACGAUCAUAUCUUCAUUUAUAUUUCUACCUUUUACUGUUAAAAAAAUAGGAAAGAUGUGGUAGUCGCAGAACCUCACGCGACAUGUGUAGCCUGACAGCGAGCUAUCAUGAGUGAGAGAUAAGGGGUCGAUUUCGCUAGAAGUAUCGAAAACGUUAAGGAUAUUUUUCUGGUUACAGGAGAUCGCAUACCAAAUGAGCUCAUCCAGUAUCCGUGUGUUGUCAAGGCAAGCAAAGGAGAGGAUACCAGAGCAGUGCGACUGGUAAAGGACCAGCAGUCGUUAGAUGCAGCUAUUGCACAUGCGCUGACUUUUUCGACCCAAGUCAUUAUUGAAAGGUAGGUUGUAACGUUGAAAUUAUUCGUCUGCGGGAAUGUUUUUUGGAUGCGCUAUCACUGAGAAAAGAUGUGCAGUAUAAUAGAUAUAUAGGCCAAAAAAUAAAUUAACGUCGAGUAAAAUUGUCAUAUUCUCUCUGGGGAAUUGACAAUAUAUAGUUUAAGCUCUAUCACGUAACCGCUAACACCCCGCGUAUACCCCUUGGCUAUCCUAUACGUGUCUGUACAUUGUGAGCUUCUUCAAGAAGGCCAGUUCCUCUUCCUAAUAGCGUGCUCAGUCUUUUUGGUGUUUAUGCACCCCACCCAGCUCUCGCAGCGAUGAACUUACAGGAGCUUCCAGUAUCCUACCACCUUGUGCUGAGUCUACCAUAUCUUAUUAGCAUUUCAGGCAUUGUUUGAGGAUUGCUCCAAUAAGAAUAUUUUAAUACUUAAUAGAAGAAACAAAAUGACAGAAAAAAUGGGAAGCAUAAUUCUUUUCAAAAGAGCGUUGUCGUGAAAUUAUCAUACGCUAUCAUCUUUUUUGUCUCGGUUACAGUCAGCCGAACAGUUGAAGAGUUUGGAUAAUUAAACGCGUCGCUCGGUAAGAAAAGGAGGCGCAUAUGUUAUCAUUAAACAACAUGGAUUCAAAGAUUGAAUGCGAUUUGGAUGAAUUCAGCUUAGUGCUGAAGCAAGUUUUUGUUCUGAUGCAGAUUCAUAGAAGGACGGGAGAUCCGUUGCGCCGUCAUCAAAUCAGAAGAAACUGGGAAUAUAAAGGCUUUGUCGUGUAUGGAAUACAACGUGUGCCACGAUGACAUCCGUAAGUCUGAGGAGAAGUAUGUCUAUAAUCAAGAAGGAUUGCCUGUAGGUGAGUAUUCCAUUUUUUUGGUCAUAAACAAAGUCAAAAUCGAAAGCGCUGUUCGAUUUAGCGUGCGAGCAAGCUCUCUCCAUUUUAUUCAGCGUCGUCGGCGAUAUCGAAUCUGCCGUCACCUGUAUGCCUUGUCGGAAGAAUUCGCCCAGGACUAUCCCGCUCGGUUCCAAGCAUCCUCUGCUCACUCGGAUAGGACGACCUGGCCUGGGAAUGAGGCUGGGGACAUCGAGAGAAGUCAAGAGCUCGCAACCCGAAAUGGAGAGCUUGCUCACAGGCUUUGCUCGUUCGAAGAGGAGGAGCGAGAGAUAGGAAAAGCUAGAAGCGUGUAACCUAAAAAUAGCCUAAAAUGUGAAUACACUUUUGCCGUAAUCAGUGGGAGAUGGAGGAUCCUGGAAAAGCUAAAAGGGGAUUUCCAGGCCCGCGAAUUAGGGCAUGUCGCGCAAAGGAUAUUGAAGUUUUCAAAUGCUUUUGUAGAAUACUUUCUUGGGAAAGCAGAUUUAAAUAUUAUCUGCCGUUGAUCUGGCAUCUUGACUUGAUUUUUCACUGUUCUUGGCCUGAUUUUGGUAAGUCCCUCUUCCGCCACAUCAUGAAUUAUCAGUUAACUGUCAAUUCAAUAUUAAAGUGGUCUAUAUUUGUCCAGUUCUAUUUAUUAUUACCUAAACUUCCAUGUAGUGUUCGAUAACUGACUCGUCCCAAGUCGUUUCUCAGCCUCCUGUGAAUAUUAACGGGAGUAGCGAGGUCAAGAGGAGAGCAAGGGAUGACGGGAAGGAGGAAAGAGUGGAGACUCUCUUUCGUUUUCGUCGUUCCCAUCACCCCUUGUGCUCCAUUCGGUCACGCCGAUCGCCGCAUGCGAUACAAAUAGAGACGACUGUGAACAAGCUUGCCUAGUCCCUGUACGGCGUCUUCCCAGGCCCUUUCGGUCAAUGCAUUUUGGUGACGUAACCCGAAACGCAUCGGCCGCGCACAAUAAUGAGGCCUAGGGACCAGGCAAGGGACAAGCCAGGGUCGAUUGUGCUAGUUGGUGAUAGUUAGUAUUAUGCAUUGUUCAUUCUGUAUUUCUGCAUUUCAAGCUUGGAGCUCAGGAACAAGAGCUUAUAGGCGACGUUGUCUUGGUUUUCAUUUCAUGUACCCAUUAUAAUGGCAAAAUAUUUUAUCUUUGGUUAUCGAGACAUUUUUAAAUGUCUAUUUUUCGCUCAGUAAUUAAUCUGUGGGUUCGCAGAGGGAAAGGAACAGACAGGUGUUACUAUUUUUUCUUUUUUUCUUUCUAUAAUAGGCAAGCCAGCAGAAGUUAAGACUUGGUAUCUUGACCCUGAAAAGGAAGGAGAACUAAUAAGGCGUAUCCAGCAGCAAAGCUGUCGAGCCUUUCUCGAGUUAGACCUCCAAGACUUUGGUCUUUUCGACUUCCGAAUAGACAACAAUGGAAAUCCAUUUCUACUGGAAUGUAACCUGUUCUGGUCGUUUACUUCAUUGUGUCCCUUAAGUGCAGUCGCUAAGGGUUCUGGCUGUACUAUUGAAAGUUUGUUUGAUUUAAUGAUUCAGAACGCUUUGUUUCGGAAAGAAAAGCAAUGA